UUUUUGUAUUCAGUUGAUGUUUUGCCAUUCGUGGUAGAUGUUCGAUUUUUUUGUUACGAUUGUAUAAAAAGAGAAGUAAACAAUCAAUUUUGCAACAAAAGUGUGAUAAUGAAAAAGAGGAAACACAUGUUGUAAUCAUUUACAGAAAUACUAAAAGAACGACCAAAGCGAAAAGAUAAUUGUGUGAAAGUUAAUUAAUAAAAAAUUUCAAUAACAACUAAAUAUUAAAUAUAUGCGCUAAGCAUUAAAGUAUUUGUUAGCAUUAACCCAAUCGGCACAACGGAUGGCAGGAAAAAAGAAAGUAUUUGGAAGUCUAAGUGAAAAUUAGGUCAGAAUAGUGGAAAAAGCGCAAAAAGUGCAGAAAUAAAAACAACUACGUUUAUUUAGCCUUAAGUUGUUGCCUUUAGGUGAGCUGGAAUUGUGUAAAAAAAUCAAAUAAAGCAGUAAAACCGCAAGGGAGUUGAAUGACACAGCGCUGUCCACUGCGAUACAUAUACAGUGGAUAGCAUAUUGUUUUGUUGACGCAUACGCACAGCUACCAAUUGGCAGUAAUAAGUUCUUUGUUUUGUUUCGGCUCCAAAACAAGCAAUUGGAAGUGGUAACAUGGAGUAUUUACAGGACUUGACAAAAAAUCUACAGGAUUUUCUAUCUACCUACAUCGACUUGGACUACUCGCUAUGGCUUUACCGGCUGCUUUGGCCACUAAUUGUAACAUUCCUACUUCCAUUGGUCUUCGUGGCACUAAUUUACAUAUCAUUUGUGAUGUUAUUCAUUUACAAAUUGCAUAGAGAGGUGAUAAUGCGCGCCGUACGCACCGAUCGCAAAUUCUGGGAAUUCGGUCGCAAAUUGGUCGCCGCCUUGUGGGAUGCACAUGCGCGCAUUUAUCAUGGCUACGAAGUGAUCGGCAUGGAGAAUAUACCAGAGACCGGACCAGCGCUGAUUGUCUUUUAUCAUGGCGCUAUACCGAUUGAUAUGUAUUACUUGAAUUCACGUAUAAUCUUGCAAAAGAAUCGACUGAUAUAUUCGGUGGGUGAUCGUUUUCUCUUCAAAUUGCCCGGUUGGGGCACUAUAUCUGAAGCAUUCAACAUUAGUCCUGGCACGGUGCAAUCAUGUGUUGGCAUACUGAGGGAAGGCAAUAUGUUGGCCAUAUCGCCGGGUGGGGUUUACGAAGCACAAUUCGGCGAUCAUUAUUACGAGCUGUUGUGGCGUAAUCGUGUGGGCUUUGCCAAGGUCGCAUUGGAGGCGAAGGUGCCGAUAAUACCGUGUUUUACACAAAAUCUACGUGAAGGUUUUCGCCAAUUGGGCAUUUUUCGCAAUUUCUUCAUGAAACUGUACAAUACGGUGCGCAUACCGGUAUAUCCCAUCUAUGGUGGUUUUCCGGUGAAGUUUCGCACAUACAUCGGGCGACCGUUGGCGUACGAUGGCACGCUCACGCCGGAGGAGUUGCAAUUGAAGGUGGCGGCCGCUUUGGAGGAGUUGAUAAAUCAGCAUCAACGCAUACCCGGCAGCAUAUUUCAUGCGCUGCUCGAUCGUUUUCCACCGUUUCGUAGUAAAAGAAAAGACUAAAAACUUAAUUUUUUGUUUUCAAUUUAAUAAUUUAUGUGCUUAGUGUAAGUAUGUGCACGCGUAACAGUAACUGUUUACAAUGUUUACCGAAAAUCUCCGUAUAACUCCAUUGUGUUAUUUAAGUUUCUUUCAUUUCCACUUUUGAGGGGAGGGAAACGCAAAAGACUAUCCGCUAACUAUAAAAAAAAAACAUUUUAUUGUGUGUUUUUUUUUUUUUGAGAAUUUUGCUGAGCAAAAAAUUAAUCAAUAAAUAAUUAAAACAAAAUAAACAAUAAAUAAUUAGUUAUGUAAUAGAACAAAUAAUUGCAUAAACGCCAGCUGCAUCUAUGAAUAUUAUUAUUAUUUAUUACAGUUUAAUAACUCA